CUGCACGGGCCUGGAGGUGGGUGAGUGACUCAGGCUGGGGCCCUCUCCACCCCCACGCCCGGCUCACCUAAUCCCCGCCGCGGGAGUGGGGGGCACUGGCGCCUGCGCCGAGGUCUGGGGCUGCGCCGCGGUGACCUCACGCCCAGCAGCAUGUGCGGCUGAGGCCUCCGUGCGGCGCGGCAGGCUCCCCGGAGGUGGGCAGCGAGGCCGGGCUCUCCAGCCCCCUCAGGACCCGAGAAAGGGAUGGCCGAACAAGAAGGCAGCGGGCUGCAGGCCCUGCUGCGCACGCUUCAGAGCUCCUCUGACAGGCAGUCCGUCCUAAGCAUCCUCCAGGUCCUCGGAGAUCUGCUGUCUGUUGGCACAGACAAGAGGAUUCGCUACAUGGUCAGCAAGGGCGGCAGCGAAGCCCUUCUGCAGACCCUGGUGGACACAGCGAGGACAGCUUCUCCAGACUAUGACGUCCUUCUGCCACUCUUCCGACUCUUGGCCAAAGUUGGCCUACGAGAUAAAAAGUUUGGACAGAAGGCGCUGGAGUUGGAAGCACUUGACGUGACGUUGAUCCUGGCCAGGAAAAACCUGUCCCACAGCCAGAACCUCCUCCACUGUCUCUGGACUCUGCGUGUGUUCGCCACCAGUGUCACCACGGCAGCCAUGCUGGGAAUUAAUGGAGCAAUGGAACUGCUUUUCAAGGUCAUCACCCCCUACACGCAGAAGCGCACCCGAAUAAUGAGGGCAGCCACUGAAGUUCUGGCAGCUUUGCUGAAAUCCAAGUCUAACAGCCGCAGGGCGGUGAACAGAGGCUACGUCACAGUCUUGCUCAGGCUGCAUCAGGACUGGCACCUCCACGACACGGCCAACACCCACGUGCCGAUCCGCCGGGCGCUUCUGCUCUGCCUCAAGCACAGCGCCACCUGCCGGUCUGGCAGGGAGGCUUUCCUGGCGGCUCAGGGCAUGGAGAUCCUCUUCAGCACCGCGCAGAACUGCCUGGAUGACAAAAGCUUAGAACCUGUCCUCUCCAUCAUGCUUGACAUCCUGAGGCAGUGCUACCCGAAGUGUCCCCUUCCCUUGGCCACGGCCAGCAGUGCGUACACCUUCCCGGGCCCUGGGAGCAUCACCUCUGAACCUCCAUGUGUUCUAACUGAAGAGGAUCUCGAAGAUGAUGGUGAUGACGAAGUGGAUAAAGAUUCGGAUUCUGAAGACAUGAAAGAGGAAGAUGAUUUGGAAACAGAUGUUACCAAGUUGAGUUCCAGACCUGGUCUUGACCGACCUGAAGAGGACCUGACACAGUAUGAGGCCAUGUGUCUUGAGCUCUCCUGUAACUUUGAGGUCCUGGAGUCCAGGCCUGGAGACGAUUUGAACUUUGAAGAGGCUCAGUAUGCCAAUCACCAGCACAUUCCGACUGCUGCCUCCCCAAAAUGGCAUUGCUUGAAUAAGGACCAAAGCUCCUUCAGUCAAGAAAGAGAAGACACAGUCCAGGCUUCCCUUCUGAGUACAGUGAAGACGGGGAGGUCCAAUGCACAUCUAACCUCCAAAAAAGAGCCUGGAGUGAGCCCAUACCAAAAGGCACAGUCCAGUGGCCAUGGGAAAGAUUCUUCUGGAAACAAAACCCCUGAGGUUCAGGCUUCUCUCAAAGAGGAUGCUUGGGACAUCGAAGCUGUUUCUUGCCCAAGGAUUAGUGCCUCCUUUUCCAAUUCCGCUAAGACUAAAGAAGCUACUGAAGAAAUAGAUAAGCUUCUGCAGACACAUCCCAAACAUGUCCCUUUCCACGACCCCUAUCUUUAUAUGGCCAAAGCCGGGAGAACCAGGUCUGUGGCUGACUUCAAGAUGAUGGCGUUUCCUGAUCUCUGGGGACACUGUCCACCUCCCGCUGCUCAGUCUCUGUUGGAGCGCAGAUGUGGAAUCCAAAGGAUCAAGAUAUUUGAGGAUGUCCGCAGGCUCAUCCAGCCAAGUGAUGUUAUAAAUAAAGUCGUCUUCAGUUUAGAUGAGCCUUGGCCUUCGCAAGACACUGCUUCUGAUGGCCUAAGGUUCUUCUCCCAGUUUGAGUCCGGAAAUCUUCGCAAAGCCAUCCAAGUGCGAGAGUUUGAGUACGACUUGCUGGUGAACGCAGAUGUGAACAGUGCCCAGCACCAGCAGUGGUUCUACUUCCGGGUGAGCAGAAUGAAGGCUGCGGUCCUUUACCGCUUCAACGUCAUCAACUGCGAGAAGGCCAACAGCCAGUUUAACUACGGGAUGCAGCCAACUCUGUAUUCUGUGAAGGAGGCUCUUCUUGGCAGACCCACCUGGAUGCGGAUAGGCUAUGAAAUCUGUUACUACAAGAAUCACUACCGCCAGGGUGCAGCUGCCAUCGGGGGAGCAUCUGGGAAGUGUUAUUACAGCCUCACCUUUGCUGUCACCUUCCCGCAUGAUGGGGACGUCUGCUACCUAGCCUACCACUAUCCUUACACCUACACAGCCCUCCUGACUCACCUUGACACCCUGGAAAGAAGUGUGAACCCCAAGCAGGUCUACUUCCGGCAGGAGGCCCUGUGCCAGACCCUCGGAGAGAAUCCAUGUCCCUUGGUGACCAUCACAGCCAUGCCCAAGUCUAACAGCGCCGACCAUCUGGAGCAGUUCCGGCAGCGUCCAUACCAGGUGAUCACUGCCCGAGUUCACCCAGGAGAGAGCAAUGCUAGCUGGGUGAUGAAGGGGACCCUGGAGUUUCUGGUCAGCAGUGACCCUGUGGCUCGGCUCCUGAGGGAAAACUUCAUUUUCAAAAUCAUCCCCAUGCUCAACCCAGAUGGUGUCAUCAACGGCAAUCACAGAUGCUCCCUGAGAGGGGAAGAUUUGAACAGACAGUGGCUCGCUCCCAGUGCCCAUCUCCAGCCGACUAUCUAUCACGCCAAAGGACUUCUCUCCUACCUGAGAAGCGUGGGCCGGAGUCCCACGGUCUUCUGUGAUUUCCACGGCCACUCUCAAAGGAAGAAUGUGUUCCUCUAUGGCUGCAGCAUUAAGGAGACCUUGUGGCAAGCAGAGUCCACAGUGGACACCUCUGCUCUCUUGGAAGAUGUCAGCUACAGGAUGCUUCCUAAAAUCCUCGAUAAACUGGCGCCAGCAUUCACAAUGAGCAGCUGCAGCUUCCUCAUUGAGAAAUCCCGAGCCUCCACCGCCCGGGUGGUGGUGUGGAGAGAGAUGGGGGUGUCCAGAAGCUAUACCAUGGAGAGCAGCUACUGUGGCUGCAACCAGGGCCCCUAUGAGGGUCUGCAGUUUGGUACCAGGGAACUAGAGGAAAUGGGUGCCAUGUUCUGCGUGGGCCUCCUCAUCUUGGGACGCAAGUCCAUAGGCUGCGGC